AUGCUGGUUUCCAACAAUUCAUAUGUGCCCCCCCAAUUUUUUAUUCUGAAUGGAAUUCCUGGUUUGGAAAGAGUACACGUAUGGCUCUCCCUCCCAUUCUGCACAAUGUAUAUCAUCUCCCUCGUGGGAAACCUCGGCCUCGUGUACCUCAUUCAUCACGAAGAGUCCCUACAUCGCCCGAUGUAUCUUUUUCUGGCAAUGCUGUCCCUCAUUGACCUCCUUACCUGCACCACGACUCUGCCCAAUGCACUCUGCAUCUUCUGGUUCCGUCUCAAGGAAAUAGACUUCAAUGCUUGUUUAGUACAGAUGUUUUUUGUCCAUGGGUUCACAGGUGUGGAGUCUGGUGUGCUCAUGCUCAUGGCUCUGGACCGCUAUGUGGCCAUUUGCUACCCCUUGCGUUAUGCCACCAUCCUCACUAACCCUGUUAUUGCCAAAGCUGGGCUUGCCACCUUCCUGAGAGGUGUGUUGCUGAUGAUUCCUUUUCCAUUCUUGGUCAAGCGCUUGUCCUUCUGCCAAAGCAAUGUUAUAUCCCAUACAUAUUGUGACCACAUGUCAGUGGUGAAGUUAUCCUGUGCCAGCAUCAAGAUCAAUGUCAUCUACGGUCUUUUGGUUGCUCUCCUGAUUGGAGUGUUUGACAUCUGCUGUAUAUCUGUGUCUUACACCAUGAUCCUCCGGGCAGUGGUCAGUCUCUCAUCCACAGAUGCUCGGCAGAAGGCCUUCGGCACCUGCACUGCCCAUAUAUCUGCCAUCAUCGUCACUUACGUUCCAGCCUUCUUCACUUUCUUUACCCACCGUUUUGGGGAACACACCAUCCCCCCUUCUCUUCACAUCAUUGUGGCUAAUCUUUACCUCCUUCUUCCCCCAACUCUGAAUCCCGUUGUUUAUGGAGUAAAGACAAAGCAGAUCCGAGACAAUGUCAUAAAGCUCCUCCGGGGUGAGUAA